UCUUCGGCAGAUGCCAGCGGGUGAAAAAAAACUGCUGGGCGGGUGGUCACCUGGGCGGCCAGUCCUCAGGGGCUCUUCCUUGCCCCAGAUGGUCAGCGAGGGUCCCGGUCGCAGCCUCUUGGAUCGCCUCUUGCUAAAACGCAAGGAAGCUUCUUUGAGGGGCGGCAGCUCGAACAGCAGUGCGCCUCGCAGUUAAAGCUGCGGGUGGACGCUUCUUUGGGGCUUCUUCGAAUGCCCCGCGGUCAGGUGCCAGUUGCCGCGGCAACAGAAAGGCCGGAGUGCCACGACUUCUCUAGAAAAGCAGCCCUGAGAAGGGCUGGGCCGAAGCGCGUGUGAGCGGCUUCAGGCAGGCGAGUGAUUCCAGCUCAGCUCAGCGGCGGCAGGCAGGCGACACGGGAAGCAGGGACGAGAAAGCUGGUCCAGCGUUCUGCUAAACACAAACCUUUAUUCAGGCAGAGCUUUGGCGAAGGGAGCCAGCAACAGCGAAUCUACGGAACAGGGGAAAACCCGGGAUAUUUAUAGGGCAGGAGAGGGGCGGGGGGGAGCCCGAGAUACCUGUAUCGGGGUGGGACAGCAGGGGGGAACACCAAUGGGGCACAACAGUUUAACAUAUCUAACUCAAAGACCCCUGGGAGCGAUACAUUGUGCCUCUCUUACAGAGAAGUAUCUUGUCUCCAGGGCAGAGCAAGGAUCUCAGGCCCAGCGGGCUCCUCCGUACCCACAGUAAGGAUCACUCAAGAUCAAAACAGUCAUUCUUCCAGAGGUAUGGGGCUGGUGGUGAGAGUGCUCAAUCCCAGGAAGUCUCCUUGGGCAGCACUCCAGUCCCAAGGGAAGGGCUUCCCACCACAGACAUCCUGCUCCUAGGAAAACCAUAGGGGUUAUAACCUGGUCUGGUCAGGGCUUGUGGACAUACAUGGUAAUAGUCCAGAAAUUUCUCAGGACUGAGGCAGGCCUCUUAUUACCUGGGGACCCUCUAUGUUGACCAAGAGGUCCUGCCCUUCUUGUUCCCCCCACAAAGGCAGGGUUGGGGUCAUGGUGCACAUGGUGCAGAUGUGGAGUGGGGAUGUGAGGAACAAAAGCGAAAAAGGUGUAAAAGGGCAUGAAAGGCUGGCAGCCACCUCAAACCAGCCAGGGAAUGGGGUGGGAUCCCCCUGACACAGCCUGUAGAAGCUGUAUUUCAGUGUUAUUCCAGAAAUACAGAAGUCACAGUAUAUAUUUCUACUACUGGGAAUAUUCUUUUGUGGGUUAAGAUGGGCUUUUCAUACACAGCUGUUCAAAAGAACCUUUUCUCCCCUCUCUGUCUUCAGCCUGAGCAAAAGACGUGGCUGAGUUUGCUCACAGCAUGGAUAACAGCAGUGGUCCUGUUUUUCUCCUUACCUUGCUCCUGCUGCAGAACACGAGCAGCCCCAAAGCCUCCACCCCUCCUGCUGGCUAUGAGAUGGCAGAACCUCCACCCCCAGGAGCCGGCUCCAGCAUGAACCACUCUCUGGUAGAAUAUGGGCUGAGGCCGGGGGAAGUUGCAGCUGCCACCGUGGUUUGGGGAGCUCUGUGGCUGAUCUCUGUCCUGGGAAACUUCCUCGUCUGCUUAGUGAUCCACAGGAGCAGGAGGACACAGUCCACCACCAACUACUUUGUGGUGUCCAUGGCCUGUGCAGACCUCGUGAGCAGCGUGGGGAGCGCGCCCUUCUUGCUGCUGCAGCUGAGCUCUGGGCAGUGGAUGCUGGGCAGCAGGGUGUGCCAGCUGGUCAGAUACAUCCAGUACCUCACGCCUGGAGUCCAGAUCUAUGUGCUCCUCGCCAUCAGCGUGGAUCGAUUCUACACCAUUGUCUACCCCCUGAGCUUCAAAGUGUCCAGGGGGAAAGCCAAAAAAAUGAUUUUGACCUCUUGGCUCUGUGGUGCUGUGUUUGCAUCACCAGCCUGUUUUCUCUAUGGCUCCAACAGUGACCACCACUGCAACUUUUUUCUUCACAGUUCUUGGCAAGGAUCUGCCUACAGUAUCAUCCACCUCCUCUUGGUGUUUUUGAUCCCAUCCCUCCUCAUUAGCCUUUUUUACCAGAAAGUCAUUAAGUACAUUUGGAGAAUAGGCACGGAUGGAAUGACUGUCAGGAGAACAACAAAUAUUGUUCCAAGAACAAAAGUAAAAACCAUCAAGAUGUUCUUAAUGUUAAACUCAAUGUUUCUCCUGUCUUGGCUGCCUUUCUUCACAGUACAGUUGUGGCACCCGCAGGAAACAGACUACAGAAAGAGCUCCUUGCUUUUCCUGACAAUCACCUGGAUCUCCUUCAGUUCCUCAGCCUCUAAACCAACCCUCUACUCAAUCUAUAAUGCAAACUUCAGAAGAGGGAUGAAAGAAACUUUUUGCAUGUCUGCCAUGAAAUGCUACAGAAGCAAUGCAUACACCAUCACCACCAGUUCCAGGAUAGCAAAAAAAAAUCAUGUUGGUAUUGCAGAUAUUCCAGCUACAGCCAAAAGUGUCACCAAAGACUCCACCUAUGAUGCUUUUAACAGAGAAGCCAAGGAAAGAAAGCUUGCCUGGCCUAUUCCGUCCAAUCCCCCAAAUACAUUUGUCUAGUGGGCUUUGUUGUUUUGAAAAGUUACUCCAUACCCCCAGAAGAAGGAAUUUUCUCUCCUUUUGAACAAAUGUAUAGCUACAUAUUUUUAACCGAGCUUUUUGGGGGGAGUGGGUGGGGGGAAGAGAUGUUUUAUUUUAUUAAAUGCCUUGGGUUUGAUGCAUUUGUUCAAUUUCAUUUUGGUUACUACACCCUGCUUUAAGAAACUCUUCUCCCAGAAUCUCAAGCAAUGUUUAUCUGCAAAACAAGGAUCCUUAUGCUCUCUAUCUGUAGGGAAAAUGGAAAGAAAGAAAAGCUGCUUGUUUUAAUCCCUUUACAGGAUGGGUGCAUAAAUGCCUAAAUCCACUCAAAGUCAUGUAGGCUUCCUUCCAUUAUGUCCCCACAAAUACAGUUGCACUGGGGUUGAGACCCCCCAUCCUGUUGAGACCCUACAGAUAUGAUGUCCAUAUGAGGGCCCUUUUGGCUUCAGCCUGAGCCCACUGGCCUCAUCAGUGACAAAAUCCCUACUGGCCCAGCAGGGUCAGCACUGGGCCAGCACUGGAUGCUUCUGCACCUUUGUCCUUGUGCCUCUCCAGAGGUUUCAGGGUCUAAACUGCCCAGGAAAAGUCCCCUCUUUGGUCUCACCUUCCCCAGCCCCUGAAGCUCCUUCUACUCCCAGCCUGGUGGGCACAGCCAGGAAGAAGAGCUGCUGAGCAAAAGGGGUCAUGCCUGUGCCGGGCACCCAAGGCCUCCUCACAUCUGAAAUUGGCCAUGUCUCCUGGUCUGCGCCCCUUCUGCUGAGUCACUGCUGUGACACCAGCUCCAAACAGGAGCAGGAGUGUGAGCUGUAGUCCCAUGCUGGCCUGGCAUCAUCUUCCACUGUUUGGGCAUGUCUGAAGAGGUCCCAACCUAGCAGGUGUCCCAGAGGACACGACCUGAAGGGGCCCUGUGUCUGCAGGUGGAGCCGACUCCAGCUGCUCUUUCUCUACCAGCACAGUGAGAAAGCAACCCGACGGGUCUUCGGUCCUGCUGAGAUGGGGAAUGACAGUGGAGACCAGGGGGAGAGGCAGGAGCUUCUUUGCAGGUCCCUGUCGCCCUCAGCAUUAAUGAGCUAACGGGAAAUAGGCGCUGUGCAUGCGGGACAUGGGUGGGUGUGUACACCUUGGGUCCUGCCUCUUGAAGGACAUGCUCUGGACACAAACUGG